AUGCUGUCCUCCGUGGGACAAGGGUACGAUACAGCCCUGCUGCUCCGGGGCCGGGAAACAGAGGCACCCCGGUUUGUGCCUCAGGUGCUGCAGAAGCUCUUUGAGGAGGCUCUGCCUCUCUGCAGCUCUGGUCCUGUGCUUUGUACUCUCAGCCUGGUGCAGAUUAGCCUCAGCGGGCAGACUCGGGACCUGCUCUCCCCAUGUAUGGAGGACCUGCCAGUACUGAAUGUGGCUCCUCUGGGCUUGGUGGUGAAAGAUGCCAGAGAGGUGGAGGUGUCUGAUGCCCGAGCUGCCUCUGAACUCUAUCUGAAGGCUGCUGGGAGUGAAGGCAGAGACUGCCCCCUGCUGCGCGUGCUGGCUGGUGAAGCUGCUGGGGAGGAGGAGGGCUCUCUGCCCUGGAUUGUGUCCUGGCUCCUGGAGGGAAACAGCUACAGUAGCCUCCUUCUUCGCCUGGAACCGCAAGAUAGGUCCCUGAGUUUGCUCCAGGCUGCUCUGUUGGGGGCCUCAGGAAAGAGGGUACAGGCAAAAGAGGUGAGACCCACCCUGUGGAACCCAGUAGAGGAGAUGAGGGCCCGUAGGGCCACCCUGAAGACUCUGCGUUUAGGGCUCCUCGGAGACACCUUGACAGAUGCUGGGUUGAACCAAGUAGCACGGACACUCUGGGAGCUACAGGUGGUAAAAGCCUGGGACCCAAGAAACCAUGCACCCAAAGGGGCUGGAACUGAGGCUGCGGGGCUCCUAGAGCCACAGGUUAAAGGCGAGCCACUGAGCUACAGUGAGCAGGGAAGACAUUUCGUUCCUUUCUCAGAGGCAAGAAGAGAAUUUCUAGGGUCUGGUCUCCACCAAAAACAUCCUCUCAAGCACUCUGAGGAACAGGCCCAUCAGGCACCAGAUGUGCCCCUACAGUUCUUUCUGGCCCAGGCUCGGAGACAGAGACUUCGAGAGGAACAUCAGAUUUGGAUACAGGAAGAGCUGAAACAUCUGGAACAUCAGGAGGAAGUAGCCUGUAAACAGAUCAAAGGCAUAGUAGCACAAGAGGCUUGUGACACGAGAAAGAGGCAGUGGAAGGAGCAGGCAGGGCUGAAACUUCAGGUGGAAGCCCUGCAGGCAGAACGAGACGUGGCGGAGCAGGAUCUGGUGGCCCUCUAUGAUUUGUAUGUGCAGGCCACCCGAGCUCGGACAUGCCACUUGCUGCAGGUAUUUCGAGCCUGGCAGGGGCUGUGGGAGGAGAAGGCCAUGGCCACAGAACGCCGUCACCGCAGCCUGCUGGCUGGAGUCCUCCAAGACAACAUUGACUUGGCCUUGAAGACCCAGGAGCUCCAGGCCAGGAACCAGCAGCUUGAGCAGAGUGCAGCCAGGGCCGGUUGUGCUGGAGUCCUGUAUAGAGAGGAGCCUGAUCAGGAACACUAUGGGGCUGCCUCCCUUUGUCCUCAUUCAUGA